UCACUGAGGAAACACCAGCUAUGUAUGAUGCCACGAGAAUCUCUACCAAACGCACUAUAUGAAACCUUAACAUGCAAAUAACAUCAACCACAAAGGGUGCAAGGAGAAAAUGGAAACUUCCUGUUUGGCUUGCGAUCUGUUCUUCUGUUACAGAAUUUCUGUCACGCGCCAUACUUACAGAAUAGUGCUAAAACGAAAGGCAGUAGAUCUGCCGUUUUUAACAGCACUUCCAUUGUGUGAAGACUUAGAAUACAACAGAUGGAGAUUUUCAGGACAUCUGUGACCCUUUUAAGUAUCUGUGUCUUCCAUAGCACCCUAUCUGAAACACAGAGCAUAUGCAAAGGCAAUCUCCCAUCGGUUAAGCAUGUGGCAGUGGACAGCAAUGUUACUGUGCCCUGCCCUGUACUCAUUGCAACAGAAAUGGACUUCAAAUUAUUUAAAGGCUCAGACCAGGUCACCUCCAUUUAUAUCAAGAAAAAUGAUACAUCCACCAACAAAAAUAACAACAGCCCAAAUUUCCCUGCCGAUCUCGAUGUUAAUCAUAUGGAUAACAGUACCAGUUUCAUCCUGUUCGGUGUGACUACGAAUUUUACAGGCCUGUACACCUGUGAGGCCGAUAUAAUCUAUCCUCCUCCAUUUAAGAAAGUGCCACACACACCACAAACUAUUGUGUUUGUUGAAGAUAGACCAGUUAAAAUGCCUGAUCUUUGUCAACAUGGAAGUUACACGGUUUUGUGGUUUGUGUUUGGAGCCAUGGCCAUAUAUGGGGUGGUAAUGACUUGCAUCGUUUUCAUUUUGCGGGUCAAGUGCAGUCAAAUUAAUACUCCCUUCAAGGACAGAGAAUGCAGACGGAAAUGGCAAGGGGUUCAACAUCCAAGGCAGGGUUUUCGCAAAGACACUGUAGUAUGAGACUGUCCGACAACAUUCUACGAAACCUGCCCAAAACAACAUCAGUCAGCUAUGUUUUAAAAAGGGCACACAGCAUUGGUGACAUCCUGAGAAAAAUCCAACUACCUUUAAUUUUUUUCUCUGUUUUAUACUUUCAUUUAACCAAUAUGUAGCCAAAAUAUUAUUAGCCUUGCUGGCAUGUGUGUGUGUGUGUGUGUGUGUGUGUGUGUGUGUGUGUGUGUGUGUGUGUGUGUGUGUGUUUUUUAAACAUUUAUUUCGAAAAUAAACAUAGUACAACAA